ACGCUCAAAGCGUUUCUUCACUCUCUCUGCCAAAGUCUGCUUCUUCUCUCUCAGAAAAUGCAAUCGUGAAAGCCCUAAACUCACCGUGAAAGAAGAUGGAUCGCAAGGGAAAGGGUAAACAGGUCGCCGGAAGUGAAUCUUCUUCCGGCGGAAAGAAGAGGAAAAACACCGUCGAGUUCAGAGAUGAAGGUUUGAGGAUUAAGAAGCGGAAAACCCCUGGUGUUCUUCAGUUCUUCGAGGAAUCCGCUGAAGUUGGCUACUACGGAGGCAGCUCCGACGAGGAUGAUGACGGAUUAGGUUUCCUCAACGAUAUGGAAGAAGAACCUGAGGUUGAAGAGAGUGGUAAGUCUGGCAAGGGAGAAAAGGGCAAAUCGUCCUUUGUUUUUCCUAAGGAAGAGGAUAUAAACGAGGAAGAAUUUGAUAGAAUUAUGGAAGAAAGGUACAAGCCAGGUUCCGGUUUUCUUAGAUAUGCUGAUGAUGAUGUGAAAGAUUCCAUUGAGAUGGAUGCUCUUGCUCCAACUUCCAAGGAUCCUCCAAUUUGGAAAGUCAAGUGUGCGAUUGGACGAGAGAAGCAUUCGGUUUUCUGUCUCAUGCACAAAUUUGUUGAGAUGAAGAAGAUAGGCACCAAAUUGCAGAUCAUAUCUGUUUUCUUUGUUGACCAUGUCAAGGGUUUUAUUUUCAUAGAAGCUGACAAGGAACAUGAUGUUCUCGAGGCAUGCAAAAAUUUAACCGGUAUAUACGCUACUCGGAUGGUGUUAGUUUCUAAAGCCGAAACUCCAAAUCUGCUAACUGUCCAGAGAAAAACUAGAAAAGUUAUUGAGGGAACAUGGGCUCGUGUUAAGAAUGGCAUAUACAAAGGAGAUCUUGCUCAGAUUGUGGCUGUGAGUGACACUCGGAGAAAAGCGUUAAUAAAGUUAAUUCCGAGGAUUGAUAUUCAAGCCUUGACUCAAAAAUAUGGUGGGGGGGUUACUAUUAAAAAAGGCCAGACUCCAGCUCCAAGAUUGAUCAGUUCAAGCGAGCUCGAGGAGUUCAGACCUCUCAUUCAAGUGAGGCGAGAUCGUGAUACUGGAAUAACGUUUGAGCAUCUUGAUAGCCUGAUGCUGAAAGAUGGGUAUCUCUAUAAGAAAGUAUCCUUAGAUUCAUUAUCUUCCUGGGGGGUUAUACCAUUGAAGGAGGAGUUACUAAAGUUUACACCUGUAGACCGAAAAGAAACUGGUGAUGUAGAGUGGAUUUCAGAAAUUUAUGGUGAAGAAAAGAAGAAAAAGUUUCUUCCAACCGGGAGAGGGAACGGGAAAGGAGAAGGAUCAGGGGGUGGAAAAGGAGAAGGGUCAUCAGAAUCUAAGUCAGAAUGUAGCUAUGAGUUAUAUAAUCUAGUUUGUUUCAGUCGAAAAGACUUUGGUCUGAUUGUGGGUGUGGAUGACAAAGGUGACGGUUACAAGGUUCUGAAAGAAGGUUUAGAUGGACCUGUUGUAGUCACUGUUGGAAAAAAGGAAAUGCAGAAUGGACCAUUUGAUUCAAAAUUUACUGCCUUGGAUACGAAUAGCAAACAAAUAUCAAUUAAUGAUGUUGUGAAGAUUUCCAAAGGCCCAUCUGAGGGUAAACAAGGAGUUGUAAGGCAAGUAUACAGAGGGAUCAUAUUUCUUUAUGAUGAGAAAGAGGAAGAGAAUGGUGGAUAUUUCUGCUGCAAAUCACAAUCGUGUGAGAAAGUUAAACUCUUUGCAGAAGAUUCCAAUGAGAAGACUGGUGGAUUUGAUUCUUCAGCUUUUGGAGAUUCUGGAUCCUCCCCAAAAUCGCCGCUAUCACCUGAAAAAGAAUGGCAGCCCAGGGAAAGAUACAGUAACUCCAACCAAGGAGACAGAGGUGGCAUGUAUUCUAUUGGGCAAAAGCUGAGGAUACGUGUUGGUCCGUUGAAGGGAUAUCUCUGUCGUGUAAUAGCUUUACGCUAUUCUGAUGUUACAGUCAAGCUUGAUUCCCAGCAUAAACAUCUAACAGUUAAAAGUGAGCAUCUUGCUGAGGUUCGUGACAGAAACACUGCGUUAAGUACAAGUGGGGAUCCGAGUAUUGGUUCCUUUCAACCUUUUGACAUGCUUGGAACAGAAGGCAGCUCUGGAGACUGGGGGAAAGGAGCAGGCACGUCAGAUGAGGGUGGUAACUGGAAUAUAGGGGCCCCAUCGACUGAUUUGAACUCAUGGGGCAGUAAGCCUACGUCUGACAUUUCAUCUCAGCAGCAGACAGUUCCAGAUGAUAAUACUUCAAUGUGGACCAAUGCAGCAGCUGAGAACAAACCUUCCUCCGUUAGUGAUCAACCUGGUGGUUGGAAUUCCUGGGGUAAAACACCUGCUUCUGAAGCUGGCACUGUUGGUGGGUGGGGAGAUGCAGCUGCUUCAAAAGCUGAGAACCAACCUUCCUCGGCUAGUGAUCAACCUGGUGGUUGGAAUCCCUGGGGUAAAACACCUGCUUCUGAAGCUGGCACUGUUGGUGGUUGGGGAGAUGGAGGUGCUUCAAAAGUUGAAGCUUCUCCGUGGGAAAAACAAGGAGCUUCUACUUCCAAUGUUGCAGAUUUAGGUUCCUGGGGCACGCAUGGUGGAAGCUCUGAUGGUAAUAAGCAAGAAGAUGGCUCAGUAUGGGGUAAACUAUGUGAAGCUUCUGAAUCUGGUUUGGAAAAGGGAAAUGGAGAAUCUAGUUGGGGUAACAAAGAUGGAAAUUCCAGCGCAAGUAACAAAGAGGGAGUUUCCUGGGGACUUCAGGAUAAAGGCUCUGACGGGAGCAAGGGAGGAUCUGCAUGGGGAACUCAGGGUGCAGGUUUUGUUUCAGGGGAGAGAAAAGAUGAUUCUUUUGGCUGGAACAAGUCAUCAGAAGAUUCCAAUGUCAAUAGUAAGGGAGCUCCUGGCUGGGGUAAACCAGAUGAUGGGCCUUCAUGGGGUAAUCAGGAUAAAGGAGGGUCCACGUUUGUGGCAUCAUGGGGUAAAAAGGAUGAUGGAGGAUCAUCAUGGGGUAAGAAAGAUGAUGGCCAUAAGGAUGACGGAGGAUCUUCAUGGGGUAAAAAAGAUGACGGAGGAUCAUCAUGGGUUAAGAAAGAUGACGGUCAUAAGGAUGAUGGAGUAUUGUCAUGGGGUAAAAAGGAUGAUGGAGGAUCAUCAUGGGGUAAGAAAGAUGACGGUCAUAAGGAUGACAGAGGAUCGUCAUGGGGUAUAAAGGUUGAUGGAGGAUCUUCUUGGGGGAAAAAGGAUGAUGGAGGAUCAUCAUGGGCUAAGAAGGAUGAUGGUGGAUCUUCUUGGGGGAAAAAGGAUGAUGGACCAUCAUCUUGGGGGAAAAAGGAUGAUGGAGGACCAUCAUGGGCUAAGAAGGCUGAUGGUGGAGCUUCUUGGGGGAAAAUGGAUGAUGGAGGAUCUUCUUGGGGAAAAAAGGAUGAUGGUGGAUCAUCUUGGGGUAAGAAGGACGAUGGAGGAUCUUCUUGGGGCAAAAAGGACGAUGGAGGAUCUUCUUGGGGCAAAAAGGAUGAUGGAGGAUCUUCAUGGGGUAAGAAGGACGAUGGAGGAUCUUCUUGGGGCAAAAAGGACGAUGGAGGAUCGUCGUGGGAUAACAACGAUGAUGGAGGGUACACGGAACAAACAUAUGACAGGGGAGGACGUGGGUUUGGUGGGAGAAGAGGAGGAGGUCGUCGAGGUGGCUGGGAUCAGUCUGGGAGGGGUAGAUCCUUGAGUAAUUCUGAGGAUUUGGGUCCAUGGAAUAAACCAAGUGGCGGAUCUAACUGGGGGAGUGGUUCAGCAUGGGGUCAGCAGAACGAUGGUGGUGGUGGAUCAAGCUGGGGCAGGCAGAACGAUAAUGGUCGUAAACCUUGGAAUGAACACGGUAAUGGUGGUCGUGGUUUUGGUGGAGGGGGGUUCCGAGGAGGUUUCCGUGGAGGUAGAAACCAAUCAGGUAGAGAAGGAGGAAGGUCGUUUGAUGGUGAUCAAUCAUCUAGCUGGAAAACAGACAAUCAAGAAAAUACUUGGAAGAGCGACCAAAGUGGUGGAUCAGACUGGAAAAAAGCUUGGGGGGAGGAGUCAAACCAUACCAAGCCAUCAGGUUUGUCCUCUGGUGGUGUUGCCGCAAACUGGCCUAGCUGGGAUGCUAACUCAAAGAAAGAUACCAAUGACAAACCGGGAAACGAGAGCAAAUCAGCUUGGGGAACCAGUAACGAUCAGGCGAGUACUGAUAACAACACUGACAGUCGGAACAAGUGGGGAACAAGUAACGAUCGGGCGAAUACUGAUAACAACACUGACAGUUGGAACAAGAAGCCGAACAAUGACGCCGGAACGAGUGGAGAAGCUGAUAACGCAUGGGGUGGCAAAACAAAUGCAGUUGCGUCUUCACCAAGUGGCUCGGCAGCAUGGGGAACCGGUGACAAAAAAUCUGGAUGGUAAAAAGAAAUCCCGGAUUGACUUGUAAUUAAACUUUCACUCCUCUAUCUCUCUAUCUAAGUCUCAACUCUAAGCACUCUAGUCAAACACCAUGAGGUGUGUCUUUCUUUAGUCUCUGGACAUUCUAUUUUGGCCCCUUAUGGUUCGGUUUGUUUAUGGCGUGGCUAAGGCUAAUCAAGGACCGAUUUUUGUAGCUGUUUAUAGCCUUUUAGAGUUAUUGCAGUCUUUCUUUUUCCGUAA